ACAAGUGUCCUGUACUGCUUGGUCAGCUAGCUAGCUACUAGAAUGUGAAUUACAUUUCAUGAAUUAUUAUUAUCGAUACGAGAAAACUUGUAGAUGUAAGUUUUCUGCAAUGUACAAAAUAUAUAGUAAGUAAAGAUACUAAGGCAUUUCGGCCUAUCGAUAGCCCAAAAAAAACUGAGCGAGGAACAUUUAUAGACACUGAGAUGGCCAACGUCCGGACCUACAACCGUAACGUGCGAGUUGGAAACUGGAGAGAAGAUGCGACUUUGGAAGAGGAAAGCCUUAAAGAUUUUCUCCAUCGGAAAGAAAAGGGACAGCUCACAGUUCAGAAGACCGGCAUGUUGAGACAAAACAUCCUGAAACCAGUGCAUCUAACUGUGUCACAAGAUGGAUUUUUGCGUUAUGGAGAUACAGUAAUGCUGGUAAACACUGAAGGAACAAAGUCUGACCCACAUGAGCCCUGCACCCUCAGCAUCAUUGCUGACCUCAGCAAUGUGAUGUCACAUUCACAAGUAAACACUGACCCGUAUCUUCAGGGACCAUGCCAGGUGGGCGGAGCCAGCAGUUUGAAGCCCUGUGUAAGGAAUGCCUUUGUCAUUACCAGUGUGGAUGGAACUUCCAAUGGAACGGUGCUCAGAUAUGAGGAAAGCUUUGCCCUGAGAACUACAGCAGGCUUCGCUGGAGGGCUUUACCUGGCCAGUGAUCUCAGAACAUUUGAGAAGUGUGCUAAGUUGUCUCGUCAACAAGAAGUAAGCUUAGUGGAGCAGCAUGGGUUCUUUUGCUGGUGGAGGGUGGUUUACUUUGACCCCCAAGAGCGUCUUGAACAUGAGGGUUACCCUGUACAGGGGAAUACCAAGGUGCUGAUUUCCCACUGCAAAACCAACCAGUGCCUGGCUGCUCUAGCCAAUCAUGUACUCUGGACUCCAUUUGGUAAAGAGUAUGAGGUCACUGCUCAUACGUUUCUGGACUCCCAUAAGGCAGAGCAGAAGAGUAACCACUGGAUGUUUAUCACAGCUGACCCAAACGAACAGGAACAGAGCAUUCUCCAGCGACAGCAUGUGUCCCCCAUCACACACGAGCAUCAACCCAAUCCAAAAACAGUAAUAGACACACAAGGAGAGAAAGAAAACUAAUGCAGAAGCACAGAGAAGUUAGCUGAAUAGAGAAUUUUAGUCUUUGUCAGAAAUAUGCUAAUAGCAUGAGGUCUUUGUGCACAUUCUAGAAAUUUAACACAAAGUAAUAUUUGUACAGUCAGGAAAGACCUUCUUGGUCACAAUGUCAUCAAAUAUACAGAAAAAUAAAAAAUUAGAAACUUAUUUUUAGUCUUCCCGUGGCCUUAGAUCAAUCUAGAUGAUGUAUUCCUGAUUAAAAUGUGACCAAAUAUUUAAGAAGGGGGAAUGUGUCUGGGUAAUGAGUGAAAACUUCGGGGCAUGACUAAAAUGUGUCUUUUAAUUACAACAUGGAUUUCUUGGUGACAAACAUUUAUACAAAGAAUAAUUGGGAUAUACAACAAUGUAAAAAAAAAUUCUAAACUAUUUUAAUGAUUAUAUUUCAUGGUAAAUUGUCAUCUUAGAGAGCAGGGACAGGUAACAAAUAUUUUUU